AUGGAAAUUGAUUAUUCCUAUAAUACAUCAAAUCCAAUUCAAAGUCAAGGAUAUUAUACUAGUUAUCAAAUAAUACCCAACUUGAAACCAUCUAUUGUAAUAGAUAAUGGAUCAGGUAUAUUAAAAUCAGGAUUUGCUAAUCAAGAUUUUCCAAUUUGUGUUUUUAAUAACAUGAUUGGUCGAUUGAAACAAUAUUCAGCAACGAGAGGUGUUGGAAUUGGAGGAAUGAGUGGAAUGGGUGGAAUUGGAGAUCAAGGUAAAAAAUUAUAUUUUGGAGAUGGAGCUCAAUCAUUGAGAGGUGUUUUACAAUUAUCAUAUCCAGUUGAAAGAGGAAUUGUAAAGAAUUUUGAUGAUUUUGAAAUGAUGUUACAAUAUACUCAAGAUUGUUUAAAAUUGGAAACAUUUAGUGAAAAUCCAUUAUUAAUAACUGAAUCAACAAUUAAUCCAAAACAAAAUAGAGAAAGAAUUACACAAAUGAUGUUUGAAACAUUUGAUGUACCAUAUCUAUAUAUGGCUAAAUCACCUGUUUUAUCUUUAUUUGCACAUGGUUAUACAACUGGUUUAGUUUUAGAUUCAGGUGAUGGUGUUACACAUACUGUUCCAAUUUAUGAAGGUUAUUCUUUACCACAUGCUGUUCAAAGAUUAGAACUUGCAGGUAAAGAUUUAACAAAUUACAUGUUAAAUUUAUUGAAUCAAUCUGGUCAAUCAAAACCAUUUCAAUCUCAAAAUUCUUCAUCUCAUAUUGAAAUUGUUAGAUGUUUAAAAGAAGAUUUAUCUUUUGUUAAAUCAUUUAAUGAUUCACAUAAUUCAUCAUCAUCAAAUACUAUUAACAAUAAUAAUUCUUCAUCAUUACAAGUUAAUUAUGAUUUACCAGAUGGUACAAGUAUUAAAGUUGGAGAGGAAAGAUUUAAAUGUCCAGAAUUAUUAUUUAAUCCAUCAAUUGUUAAUGGAGGAAGUGAAAUGUUGGGAGUUCAUGAAUUAUGUAAAAAAACAAUUUAUGAAUGUGAUAUUGAUUUGAGAAAGACUUUGGCUUCAAAUAUUUUCCUUUCAGGUGGUUCAACUAAAUUUAAUGGAUUUCAAUCAAGAUUACAAGAUGAAAUACAAAAUUUAUUACCUUAUUCUAAUAAGGUUAAAGUUAAAGGUUCGAAAGAUGUUCAAUUUUUACCAUGGAUUGGUGGUUCAAUCAUUUCAAAGAUUUCACGUUUCCCUUACGAUUGUAUUAGUAGACAAGAAUAUGAAGAAACAGGUCCAUAUUAUUGUCAUGUUAAAUUUAUGUAAAUAAUAAAUUCAAAUAAU